AUGGGUGCCGCACUGUCCUCCACCGCAUCACCCACUCUACCAUGCAUUGAAAAACUGGAUUUUCGAUCCGAGCCUGCCAAUGUAACCACCAUUGAUACUAUAGGCGCAGUUCAAGGCAACCCCGAGCCUGCCAAUAUAUCCACCAUUGGUUCUAUUGAGGCAGCCCAAGGUAAUCCGCUAGACUUCUUAGCUCAUGGGUCUCGAUAUGUCCCAAUGUUUGACGAGAUCACCCGACACUUAGAACCUAGCGACAUCCUCACCCUACGGAAGGUGAACCGCACCUUAGCUGAGAACGACGUCUUCUCCGCGGCCAUGAAUAGUCAGUGGAACGUCGACACUGCCUUGGCCAAGUUCUUCAAGGACGCUGUGGGGUUCCGAAACGCCUUAGGUCAUGCUUCAGCAGUCGUUACUGGCGACUUCGCCUUACGCUUUCUGGAUCGUCGAGCUCCAGGGGAACGCAUCGACAUCUUCAUGUCUAUAGAAGAGCCGAAUAAGUACACGAUAAUUGACUUUCUCAGUGAAGAAGGGUACGACGCAUGCGGUACCUAUAGGCACCCGGCACCAAUGAGCAAGAAGCUGUGGACACACUACACGACGGCCCUUGCCAAUAUCAUCACCGCCACCAAGGCGUACGUCCCCUUUGCGGAGUCCACAAUCAAGCAGCGCCGCAGUUACCAGCACGCCCUCUUCAACGAAAACGACGACGAAAUGAGCGCCGCGCUUCGCAUUGUCUCGGAGAGCGGCCGCGAGCUACGCGAUAUCGAGACAUCAUUUACCACCACUACCACCACUACCGCCAGCAGUUUAACAGCAACGCUUCAAUACCGCACUUUGAACGACUCGAAGACCUGGAUCAUCCCCUUCCGAACAGACGAACUCAUCCCCCCAAAACAACCAGACUUUGUAAUUGAGGCGACCGACUUCAGCGUGCAAACUGAGACAAAUUACUCGCACGGUUGCGACCGGUACAUCAUGGACCUAGCCCCGCUGGACUUCGUUGGGCUCGAGUACCGCUGGGCAGGACUCUGGCUUCGGGACGCGAGACUGCUGAGGCAGCUUCACGCUGCCCUCACUUUGGAGAUUGCGAAGCUGCCGAGGGCAGAUCGGCCAGUGGAUCUCGCCAACUUCAGGGUAGUAGGAGGCUCGAACACUACACCAGGAAAGUUUAAGCCGCCGAAGUGGUUGGAUGGGAUGGUGGUGGAUUGGGCGAAGGCGAUAAGCAGGUCUCGUAGAGUGGAUUGA